AUGGAAUCAUGGUUAUCAACAAUGGGGCACACCUCCAAAUGCUCAGCAAUGGGGCACUCCUCCAAACGCUCAGCAAUGGGGCCUCCUCCUAACGCUCAACAAUGGGGCACUCCUCCAACCAUCAGCAAUGGGGCACUCCUCCAACGCUCACAAUGGGGCACUCCUCCAAACGCUCAGCAAUGGGGUUCAUCAUCAAGUGUUCCACAAUGGGGUACUCCUCCAAAACUCAGCAACGGAACACUCCACCAAACGCCCCACAAUGGAGCACUCCACCAAAUGCUCAACAAUGGGGUUCAUCAGCAAAUGUUCCACAAUGGGGUACGGCACAAAAUGUUCAACAAUGGGGUUCAUCAUCAAAUGCCAACCAAUGGGAUUCAUCAUCAAGUGCUCAACGACAGUGGGAAUCAUCACCAAAGCAAAUCAAUGGAUUCCUCCAACAAAUGUUCAGCGUGGAUUUUCAACGAAUUGGUCAAGUAG